AAACAGUAGUUCUUGUUUUCUCGUGUUGUCGACUGGCGACUCUUUUACCUGACGAGCUCGACCUGCCGUCACGCUCGAGUCGUCGGGAUUAAUGCCGAUUAUAUGAGUGCUGUGAACAAGACUCCGUAUCGAAAAGAUCAUUUCAGAAUAAGACAUGGCGGAAUCGCCUCGUCAAAGUGCCUACCACAUCAAGUGGGUCCAUCUGAGUGGGGUCAAAUACCCCAUUAUAACCCAGAAUGAGAAUGGGCCGUGUCCUCUACUGGCCAUUAUCAAUCUGCUCAUCCUGAGAGGCCUGGUUCAGCUGCCCCCAAUGGUCGAAAUUAUCACUGCCGAUCAGCUUAUGGAAUAUUUGGGAGAUGCAAUGCUCGCUGCGAUGCCCAAGGACUUGUCAGAAAGCGCGCAACUUAACUACGAGCAAAAUAUGAACGACGCUAUGACGAUCCUACCGAAAUUGCAAACAGGUCUAGACGUCAACGUGCGCUUCACGGGUGUGCGCGACUUCGAGUACACACCCGAAUGCACAGUCUUCGAUCACUUGCAAAUUCCGUUGUAUCAUGGCUGGCUCGUGGACCCCCAGGAAGCUGAGAUGAGUCAGACCAUAGGGAAACUAAGUUAUAACCAGCUCGUGGAAAAAAUAAUCAACGAAAAGACUUCGGAUGACCAAGUCAGAAUGGCGCAAGCUCUAAUAUGUGAGGACUUCCUGGAGCGCACGGCGUCGCAACUCACGAUGUUCGGUAUCCGACAGCUUUUGGCAACCAUGAAAGACCACGAGUUGGCCGUGCUAUUCCGCAAUAAUCAUUUCAGCACCCUGAUGAAGCACAAUAAUCAAUUAUACCAAUUGGUCACUGACCAGGGAUUCCUCACCGAACACAUGGUAGUGUGGGAAUCUCUAACGAAUGUCGAGGGCGACGGUCAAUUCACCGACGGGGACUUCGGUCAGACACCGCCACAACUUAGUCGCGAACAACAAAUCGAACAAGACGAGCAACUAGCUCGGCAAAUGCAGAUGGAAGAAGAAGAGCAGGCGGCGAGCGCCGCCGCGCCUGCUUCCACCCCUACGGAAGUCACUACUCCCCGCGCGGAAGGCGAGAGAAGACCCCCAGCCGAAGCGCCUCGAGACCCGAAACCGGAGUCGCGACCUCCUCAAUCCGGCAGUCCGACCGGUAGUAAUGCGUCGAACUCGAAAAAAUCGUUUCUCUGA